AUGGGAAGGGCCCUCCUCGGAGCACUCCUCCCAUCAACCACCAAAUCCGAAAGCCCAGUGUCUGAGAUCACAGUGGCUGUGAGUCGACCAGAAUCCCAAGAGGAGCUGCAACACCAGUUCCACGAUACACCCGGGGCAGCCGUACAUUUCGUCCACGCCCAGAAUGUGGAAACGGUACAGCAAGCAGAUGCAGUCCUCCUUGCAUUCCCACCAGAGGAGACCAAGACGAUUCUCUCAUCGCCGGGAAUGAAAGAGGCGGCACAAGGUAAAGUCAUCAUAAGCAUGCUUGCACGGAUCCCUCGGGCAGAGAUAUCCAGACUCCUAGAAAACCCCCAUGACGGCACUGGGAUCUCCGACACUGAAUGUGUGCAAAUCGUCCGUGCCAUGCCGAGCAUUGGAACAGCAGCGCACGAGUCAGCGACCUUUAUCGCGAGUGUCGGACCGGCACAGGAUAAAGCCAUGGACCUUACAAGGUGGAUAUUCAGCUCUGUUGGGAAAGUCUUUUAUGUCUCGGACGAGCAUUUCGAUACAAUCACCGGCAUGUGUGCAUUUUCUAACGCUCUUAUAACCACGUCUAUCCAAGCUAUAGCACAGAGCACGAGUGCUGAGGGAGUCCCCGUGGAACAGGCUCUUGCCGUUAGCGCGCAGUGUAUUAGGGGGUCUUUGGCGUUAAUUCUAUCCGGUACGAGCCCGGAGCAGCUCCAGACGUCGUUGUCCGCUCCAGGGAGUAUUACAGGACAGGCCAUACAGGCUCUACAGGAUAGUAGGCUGACGGCAUUCCUGGACCCUGUACUCCGCGCAGCCAUUGAUCGAGCAAGAGAGGAUGCGACCAACUCUGACUGA